GAAAAGGAAAUUUUAUACUUAGGGCCCAAAUAUUUUCUGGUGAGGGAGGUCACCAAGCAGAACUCCAAAACAACCUCCACCACCAGUUCUUCUUCUACUUCUCCCUUGCUCCGCCGCCUCGAUCUGACAUCUCAUCCGUCUAGCGGUUCUCUUUUGUUUUUCUAGUGUGAGAGAAUCCCUCCCUGGAAUCUAGAGAGUCAAACGGAGAAGGGAGGAAACAAAGCGUUUGGAGUUGUGCGUUAUAACUGCCAGCCAGAUACUACUAAGCAAAUCCUGUAGAGAUAGAGAGAGAGAGAGAGAGAGGAACAUGGAGUCGACUUCCGAGUUAGUUAGAUCGCUUGAGUCGGCCUUGGGAGUGUCGCUAGGCAAUGAUACGGUGGUGGUGUUGCUGACGACGUCGUUAGCCGUCAUCGUUGGGUUGCUGGUGUUUAUAUGGAAGAGAUCGGGCGAUCGGAGUAAGGAGGUGAAGCCGGUGGUUGUCCCCAAGGCCAUGACGGCCGACCCUGAAGAGGACGCCGUCGUUGACCCUGGAAAGGUUAAGGUCACUGUGUUCUUUGGUACUCAGACGGGAACAGCCGAGGGAUUUGCUAAGGCUUUGGCCGAGGAGAUCAGGGCAAGGUAUGAGAAGGCAGUUGUGAAAGUUGUUGACAUGGAUGAUUAUGCUGCUGAUGACGAUCAAUAUGAGGAGAAAUUGAAGAAAGAGACAUUAGCAUUUUUCAUGGUUGCAACAUAUGGGGAUGGAGAGCCAACUGAUAAUGCUGCAAGAUUUUACAAAUGGUUUACUGAGGGAGAAGAAAGGAGCCCCUGGCUUCAACAGCUCACCUAUGGCAUAUUUGGUUUGGGAAACCGUCAAUAUGAGCAUUUUAACAAGAUUGGCAAGGUCAUAGAUGAAAAGCUAAGUGAACAAGGUGCAAAGCGUCUUAUUCCACUUGGCCUUGGUGAUGAUGAUCAGAGCAUUGAAGAUGAUUUUGCUAGUUGGCGAGAACUACUAUGGCCGGAGUUGGACAAAAUACUUAUGGAUGAGGAUGAUGUAAAUUCUGCAUCUACACCGUAUACUGCUGCAAUUGCUGAAUAUCGUGUUGUGGUUCAUGAUCCAGCCACUAGAACUUACGAGGAUAAGCAUACCAGCAUGCAAAAUGGAAAUGCUGUAUAUGAUGUCCACCAUCCAUGCAAAGUUAAUGUUGCUGUUCAAAGAGAGCUUCAUACACCUGAGUCUGAUCGAUCAUGCAUACACUUGGAAUUUGAUAUUUCUGGCACUGGCAUAGUAUAUGAAACAGGAGACCAUGUGGGUGUUUUUGCGGAAAAUUGUGAUGACACUGUUGAAGAAGCAGCAAAGUUGUUGGGCCAACCUCUGGAUUUACUAUUUUCUCUUCAUACUGACAAAGAAGAUGGUACACCCCUGGGAGGGUCAUUGCAGCCACCUUUCCCUGGUCCUUGCACCCUUAGAGUAGCUCUAGCACGUUAUGCUGAUCUGUUGAAUCCUCCUCGUAAGGCUACAUUGGUUGCAUUAGCUGCUCAUGCCACUGAACCUAGUGAAGCAGAAAGGCUUAAAUUUUUGGCCUCACCCCAGGGCAAGGAUGAAUACUCACAAUGGAUUGUUGCAAGUCAAAGAAGUCUCCUUGAGGUAAUGGCAGAUUUUCCUUCAGCAAGACCACCCCUUGGUGUAUUUUUUGCUGCAGUUGCCCCACACUUGCAACCACGCUAUUAUUCUAUCUCUUCUUCCCCCAAAUUCGCUCCUGAAAGAGUCCAUGUAACAUGUGCUUUAGUUCAUGGUCCGACCCCCACUGGCAGGAUUCACAAAGGAGUGUGUUCAACUUGGAUGAAGAAUGCAAUUCCCUUGGAGAGCUCAGCUCCCAUUUUCAUUCGGCCAUCGAAUUUCAAGUUACCAGCUGAUCCUUCAAUUCCAAUUAUCAUGGUGGGACCUGGUACAGGUUUGGCACCGUUUAGGGGAUUUCUACAGGAAAGAGCUGCCCUGAAGGAAAAUGGUGCUCAACUUGGUCCAGCUCUGUUGUUUUUUGGUUGUAGAAAUCGAAGAAUGGAUUUCAUUUACGAGGAGGAACUCAAAAAUUUUGAGGAUCAAGGAAUAAUCUCAGAGCUAAUUGUUGCAUUUUCUAGGGAAGGGCCACAGAAAGACUAUGUUCAACACAAGAUAACUGAACGCGCCUCCCAAGUGUGGAGUUUAAUCUCCCAGGAGGGAUAUCUAUAUGUAUGUGGGGAUGCCAAAGGGAUGGCUAGAGAUGUACAUCGUACACUUCAUACCAUUGUCCAGGAGCAGGAAAAAGUAGACUCAUCUAAAGCAGAGGCCAUUGUGAAGAAACUCCAAAUGAACGGGAGGUACCUCAGGGAUGUCUGGUGAUCAUCCCUAUGAUUCGCUCCAAGACCAUGCUUGGUGUCUGCACUAAUUGGCUAGUUGAUCAUUCUUUCUUCCAUUUAUAGCAAGCUUAUGUGAAAAGUUCUGAUCGCUUUGCUUCCCAUUCUGGCUACCAAGGUCGAUCAUCAACUGUCUAGACCCAAGGCCUGAGUCUUUGCAGCUUAUAUAUAAACUGUCUGCUAGCCUUCUUUGCCUUUCUAUUAGACAAGGGAUUUAUUUCUUAAAUUUUGUGAUUUUUUUUUAAAGAUUCAGACUUAUACGAUAUGUUGUAGUAUUAGUGAGAUGAUCUUGGAACACAGUUGAACUUUAUAUUAAAAGCUCCUGUAAAAUUUUUAUUCCUGUGUAAUGAAGAGCAGGGAGAAUAAAUUAUUCAAGCUUGUGCC